CAUCCGGUCGAGCCGUGGGUGGAUAGCCCUCCCUUAUUUACCUUCCCCUUCGCCGAGAUUAUUGUCGUGCCAGCUCGCUGAGUGGCUACAUGGACGACUGUUAUUCGCUGUUUUCGGGGGUAACGUCUGUCGUUUGUUUCUCGACGUGUGUGUAAAAGAAAACCGCCUGGAUAUCGGGGAUAUCCCCAGAACGAGAGACCGAACGUCGUUUUCCCAGGCUAAGCUAGCGGCAGCACGGCGUAACGGGUGGGGGUGGAUUUCUACGUUUCGGCCCUCGGGAAGCGAAUAUAAAUAACGUCUCAGGAGUAUGUUGUGGAACAAUGACAAGCGCAGGGAGCAGAUGUAAUGGAGGAGAGCUUCUUGGAGGGGAAGAAAUGUCAGUGGAUGAGUAUUGGUUGAACGGUCAAUAGAGGUGUUAAGUGGUUAAGCUAAGCGGAGCUAGUCGGUUAGCUGAAUUGAUCAAGGAAGUUGACUAGCCCCCUUGCUAGCUCGGCGACAAAUGUCUUACUGGACCAAGGGUCGGCUCAAACGCCCGAGUUAUUCAUAGAGUUAAGUAAACUGGUAAUGCCAGUAAAUGGAGUUAAAUAAACUGGUGAUGCCAGUUUUUGAAAGCUAAAGUCAAGAAAGACGCGAAUUGCCGUGGGCUCCUAACCAAAACGCUACCGUUAGCUAGAAAGUCGGAGCUUGUAAACAAAGGGUCCCGAGCUCCAUCUGUCCACAGCAACGUUACAGCUCGAGUUAUCGCUCACCCAUUGUUUCACGGACAUCGUUGCCUUUUUAUUUAUCAGUGAAACGAAUUCUUAGAAAUGGAUCUAAAGACGGCAGUAUUUAACGCAGCCAGGGACGGUAAGCUCCGGCUUCUUCAGAAACUGUUGGAGAACAAAGAUGGACACGAGGUGACCAAGUUGAUGGGCGAAAAGACAAAUGGGGCCACGCCGCUCCUGAUGGCCUCCCGUUACGGCCACCUGGACUUGGUAGAGUAUCUGCUGGAGUGCUGUAGCGCUCCUGUUGAGGUCGGUGGGUCGGUGAACUUUGACGGAGAGACCAUCGAGGGAGCGCCCCCUCUCUGGGCCGCCUCGGCAGCGGGUCACCUGAAGGUGGUCCAGUCCCUGUUGGGCCACGGUGCUUCUGUCAACAGCACAACCCUGACCAACUCAACACCCUUGAGGGCGGCCUGCUUUGACGGCCACCUGGACAUUGUGAAAUACCUGGUGGAGCACAAAGCUGACCUGGAGGUGGCCAACAGACAUGGCCACACGUGUCUUAUGAUUUCCUGCUACAAGGGACACAAGGAGAUAGCGCAGUACCUGCUGGAGAAAGGUGCAGAUGUUAACAGGAAAAGUGUAAAAGGCAACACAGCACUUCAUGACUGUGCAGAGUCAGGAAGUCUAGAGAUCAUGCGAAUGUUGCUUCAGUAUGGAGCUUCCAUGGAGCAGGAUGGCUACGGCAUGACACCCCUUCUUUCUGCCAGCGUCACAGGCCACACUAACAUAGUAGACUACCUGACAACGCACCAGCAGACAAGCCACAUGGAACGCAUCGAUGCCCUUGAGCUCUUGGGAGCCACGUUUGUGGACAAGAAGAGAGAUCUGCUUGGAGCUUUAAAAUACUGGAAGAGAGCCAUGGACCUCAGGUACACGGACAGUAACAACAUUGUCCAUAAACCGGAACCCAAGCAGCUGAUCAUGGCAUACGACUAUGCCAGGGAGGUAACAAAUGGAGAAGAGCUGGAUGGGCUGAUAUCUGACCCAGAUGAGAUGCGCAUGCAGGCUUUGCUCAUCCGUGAGAGAAUCCUCGGCCCACAACAUCCAGACACAUCUUACUACAUCCGUUACCGAGGUGCUGUUUAUGCUGACUCUGGGAACUUUGAGCGCUGCAUCAAUCUGUGGAAGUAUGCACUCGACAUGCAACAGAGCAACCUGGACCCCCUCAGCCCUAUGACGGCCUCUAGCCUGCUGUCGUUUGCUGAGCUUUUCUCCUUCAUGCUACAAGAUAGGGCCAAGGGGCUCCUGGGGACAUCGGUGUCAUUUGAGGACUUGAUGGGGAUCCUGUCCAAGAGCGUAUUGGAGAUUGAGCGGGCGGUCAAACAAAAUGGACCGAUGCCUCCUGACCCUGCCCAGCUCAGCAAGGCCCUGUCAAUCAUCCUGCACCUCAUUUGCCUUUUAGAGAAGGUGCCAUGUACUGCAGAGCAGGACCACUUCAAGAAGGAAACCAUCUAUAGAUUCCUGAAGCUCCAGCCGUGUGGCAAGAACGGCUACAGUCCACUACACCUGGCAGUCGACCGCAACACCACCUGUGUGGGUCGCUAUCCCGUCUGCAAGUUCCCCUCCCUCAUAGUCGCUUCCAUUCUUCUUGAGUGUGGAGCAGAUGUUAACUGCCGAGAUGAAGAUGACAACAGCCCCCUCCACAUAGCUGCAACCAAUGGUCACCCUGACAUCAUGAACCUGCUGAUUUCCUGCGGGACUCACUUUGACAGCACCAACGCCUUCCAACAAACGGCCUGCGACCUCCUGGACGAGAAGGAGCUGGCCAGGAAUGUCAUCCAGCCCAUAAACCACACAACGCUGCAGUGCCUAGCCGCCAGGGCUAUCGUCAAGCACGGCCUCGACUACCGGGGAAACAUCCCUGAGAAACUAGAGGCCUUUGUCUUGCUCCACAGAUAAUGAUCGUGAAGUAGUAGAGGGGAAUGGAUGGAUGAAAAGAGAAGGGGUUGUGAUUACAUUGAGUGGACUGGACAGACUGGAGAAGCAUUAUGAUUCAACACCUGACCCACGAGGUGUUUGAGGAGUUGAAAGACAAAAUUUUGUGGGUUAGGUUUGCAAAUUUAAACUAUUUGGAGAGUAUGAACUUGAUGAGUCUUGUGCACAAAAAUGUCCUUAUUCAACCAGGAUGUUCUGAAAAAUGAUUGGAGUAAAUGGAGGAAUGAAUGAACAUUUUCUUCCUCUGUUUGCUAUUUCACGGAGCCAGAGCUCUGACUGGUCCCAGCCCGAUCUCUGGGGAUGCAUUUGGAGUGGUUUGCAACAUGGACAAACACAGUUGUAUUUGUGGAUGAACUGAGAAAAGGGUUUACGUAUUUUUGCUUUAGAAAACAUGGAUUUUUUUUUUUUUUUGCAUAUUCCACGAUGCUAUUUAUUGAAUGAAACUUGAGAGAUUUUUCUCCAUGCUGGCUCCAACCCAGCCUCAACUUUGCCUGUUUCUCUCCUCUCAAAGCAAGGAUUGAGGCGUUUCUACAUAUGCUGGGACUUCAGGUUUUUUUUUUUUGGUUUUUUUUAGUUUGUCCCAUCACUGUUGCCAACAGUCAUGGACCCUUCCUCAGUCAUCAUUGGGUUAAUUUUUUUUGUACUUUUACAAUACAUUUAGUUAUUGUCAUGCAAAUCUGGAAAUCUGCCAAGUGCUGUGGAUUCUAGACUCAUUUGUCGUUCCCACUUCAGUGUAUAACAAAGCUUUAUGAGAAGGGUUAAAUGUGUGUAAACACCAUAAGUGCUUUAUUCUUCCUAUGCACAGGCUAGGCUGUUGGAAAGAGAGACUGUUGUAUUCUGUGCCGGCACUUGUCUGUGCAAUAUCUCUCAUGAAUUUUUGUGUUUACCUCAUUGCUGCCGUUUCCUUCAGUAUCCCCGUCCUUCACUCAAAGAAGGAGGGGGGUACAAAACCAUUGAACUGAUUGUUGCAAGGGUGAAUGAAUUGGAUUGUGUAUGUCUGUAUGUGUGAAAGAGUGAUUGUGAGUGCCACAUGAUAUGUCUCUUGUAUGCAGAGUGUUUUUGAGCUUACACAAAUUUUUGAGGACAGGAGGUUUGGUGAAGUGGCACUCAUGGAGAUUCCAUAAUGCACAUGACUGCCACUAGAAACCACGCGGCCAAACUGUCUACAACCGCUGGAGUGUGCAGGCUUGUACACAGAAGUGACCUCUUAACGUUCAUACAUGGCCGACCUUUAAAUGCCAUUGUUGUUUUAAUAAUCUUGAUCAAAAAGAAAAGUCUGGGUAGGUUACCAACAUUGGCCCACUGUGCAUGUGCAGCAGCAGCAUAUCGACCAACCAAUCACUGCAGUAAACCUUUCAUGACAACUCCUAGACACCAAACUAGACUAGAGCUUGGAUAGUUCUGCUCAUUUGUACAACGGUCGUCCAAUUGUAUGAGAACUUAAGACACAAAUGAGUGGGAGGACAUGUUUAGUAAAGCUUUGUGAAUUAUCUUGUUUGCACAUUAGCUUUAGAUGUGUGGGUUGAAAAAAAGGGCUUUUCAUAAUUCAUAGGAUUUCAUAUUGCAGUCUAUUUAACCUGACAGUUGAAAACCAGACAUAGAAAAUGUAUGAGGACUCCCAGGGCAACUUGAUUUGAAUCUGCACUUUACUACAGCGGAGUUUAAGAUUUGAUAUGGCAUUAAUCAAGUUCAUGUCUUAAUAACCAGUUUGACAAUAAACCCAUGUUGCACUUGU